CACCUCCUCCACCACCACCUACCGCAAACUCCGCGGACUGUGUGUCAGGCUGUGUACCGACGGCUGCGACUCUGUCACCGUGGUAAAAUCGUGUUGUUGCUACUGGCAAUCCUCUGCAACGGAGCAAGGUCAGCCAUGGCCUGAAAGUCUGAAGAAGCAUGUUUUUGACAGCUAACUAGCUAACUAACUAACCACCCUAGUUAGCAAACCUGCAGAGAUAUUUGUUGUUGUUCGACCCACAAGCAUUGAUCAACCAAAGUAUGUUAAUGUACCGCCGCCUACUGGACGGGAGUGGGAAAAUAUAUCUAAACACGGGGGAAAAUGUAACAAAACCACUAACAAAUUCAUUGACCAAAACAAAUAACAUUUCAAUCCUUGCCAAUUUAAUUUGUAUGCAUUCUUAUUCUUCUCCCUGACAUAUUUCUUCUUUUUCCUGUUGUGUUUUGAGGAGGACGUACAUGAACCAGGGACAGUCCCGUAUUUUGACCCACUAGGUUUCGUCUGAGCUUCACUAGAACAUGUCGUGAGUCCUCCAAACCAUCAGACGGCGAUAUUUCUAUAUUCCACAACGCUGCUGGAUAAAUACUCCUUUUGUUGACUAUAAUUCACUUUGACCUUUUUGACGAACUACUGUCCUUGGGCAACGUGAGUUUUCUUGCUGUAAAGAGGAGCCUACGUAUGCGGCACCUGUCAAUGUAUUUAAGUGUUUGCAAGGCUCAAUAAAAAACUACGGUAAAAGUGUUUUUCCGUGGGGUUUUGUACAUCUGUCAAACCGGUUCGUCAUAUUGAAAAAUCGUAGCAUUGCGCAGUAACAGGUUUGAUAAGAUGUCUGGGAACUGUAGGCCCUUACUGUUAGCGUUAAGUCGCUCUGUGGUGGGGAGACAGGUCUCCAAGAGCGUAUUGUCGCAGAGUAGUGCCGUAGGGACCAGAACAGUAGCGGAGAGAUGUGGCCGUCCGCGGUUCCAUCACCAUUUGACCGCCGCACUGAAACCCCGGUAUCACAGCCUCUCCGCAGUGCAGUCCCAACUCGGGCUACACUCAGAGUCAGGAGCCCCCUUCAAAGAUGAUGACUACCCACCUCUACCAGACUACAACUCUGACCCGGGACCGGAGAAGAAGGAGGUGUUUAUCAUCAGAGCUAAAGGACUUCCAUGGUCCUGUACCACAGACGAUCUCAUUCAGUUCUUCUCUGAGUGCCGUGUGCGUGACGGUGUGAAGGGGAUCCACCUGACGGUGAACCGGGACGGGAAGCCCAACGGCCAGGCCUUUAUAGAGCUGGAGCAUGAAGAGGACGUCAGCAAGGCCCUGGAGAAACACAGACAGUACCUGGGACCACGCUAUAUAGAAGUGUUUGAGGUGACCAACAGCGAUGCGGAGGCCAUCUUGAAGAAGUCAGUUCAGCUCCCAGCCAGAGACGGAGUGGUACGGAUCAGAGGUCUCCCCUACAGCUGCACCGAGACUGACGUCAUGCUCUUCUUCUCUGGUCUGGAUGUGACGGAGGACGGGGUGACUCUAGUGACAGACCACAGAGGAAGGAACUCAGGGGAGGCCUAUGUCCAGUUCCUGUCCCAGGAGCAGGCUGACGAGGCCCUGACCAGAGACAGAGAGGUCAUCGGAAACCGGUACAUCGAGGUGUUCCCCAGUAGGAGGAGUGAGAUCGGAGGCCGGAAGAAGACAGAGUCUGUUGAAGAGGGCAGAAACUCCAGACCGAGUCAACCACACAGACCUGCAGCACAGCCUCCGAGACAUGGGUCUCAUCCGGUAUCUUCUCUGCCCCAACACUUUGUUCACAUGAGAGGACUGCCCUUCCAAGCCACAGGAGAUGACAUCGUCCAGUUCUUCUCUCCUCUAGCGCUGUCCAGGAUUCUGGUGGAGUUCGGUCCAGACGGGAGGGCCAGUGGAGAGGCUGAUGUUUACUUCACAUCGCACCAGGACGCCGUCUCAGCCAUGACCCGGGACAAGGCACACAUGCAAGAGCGAUACAUCGAGCUGUUCCUGAAUUCAACAUCAUCAGACGAGGGCCAAUGAGGUUUACCAGGUUAGCGGUGGGCUGAGAGAUGACAUCGGGAGGUGUGGUGGUGAAAAUCCCCAUCGACUGGAUGUGUCACCACUUGUAAGGGUGUAGAAAUGAUGUUGAAUAUAAUAAAACUACAUUCAAUCUGA